AUCUUACUGUAACUGCCACUUUGAGCAGUUACUGGUUGAUAUGGGGAAAUGAAAGAGGCUGAGAUAUAGAGCUAUUACAGUCUUUCUUGAACCUUGGAGCUAGGUCAAAGUAUUGCUGCAAGUCUUGAGCUAGGGCUGAGUUGGGAACAGGGAACUAGAAAAGAACAGAAGGAAAAAUGCAGGUUAGGAUUGUACAGUAGUUUAGAUAAUUAAGGAUGCUGUGUAAGGUGCAGGAGAUUAAUAAGCUAACAACUUUUUCUGACAAGCCUAUUAUUGCUGCCUGACAGGCAGAAACUUAGUUGGUGAAGUUUUUUCAGUAUGGAGGUGAAAUGAGGGGGAAAGCUUUGCUUGCUAAAUUUCUGCCAGCCAAGCAGCUGUUAAAGACACAGGAGCCCUACCAGGAAAAAACAGCUUUGAAUGUUUACAAGGUACGGCAGCUAGAAAAUUCUUCCAUUUAAACUAGACUCACCCAUGUUAUAGUUGGACAUUACCAGGUGAUAAUGCUGACUUAAUCUGCCAAAUUCCACAUAUCAAGAUGCUGUUAAAUGCACAUUAGCAGGCUAGGCUGUCCCCUCCCUCCCUAGCUAAAAACAAAGCAGAACAUAAUGAUUUGUGUGUUUGAUUUGACUAUUUUAUCUAGUACUUAGUAGAAAAGGACAUAAGACUGAUCUUCCCCUGCCACAGUGUUUACCUUUGAGAAGUCAGAUAUACCCGUUUCCAAGUUUGUCUAUUAAUAUUCCCUGACUGCUUACAAAUACUGGAAAGUAUAACAAGUUGAUUUUCAACCAUCUUGCAAUACCUUUGUCUCUAUAUGUGGAAAUGGAGAAAAAUGAAGAUAAGAGCCUUCCUUUCUCCUUUGGAGGAAGACAUAGAAGAUAAUCUAAAGAAUUUGUGAAUACAAACAAGGAGAUGCUGAUCCUUUCAGUUUAAAGUGCCUUCUGCUGACUGAGGUCCCCUGUUCAGCAUUUUAGCCAGGGCCUAUUUCCUUGAAAUUUGGCAAAUGCCACUGGAAAGAGAACAGCAGCCAUCCAGGUGUAUUUCUAUGAAUAAGGAACAACUGGAUUCUUUAUCUUAGGGAAGGCAGGAUGAUGGUGACUCCAGUCAACUUUGAGGCAACAGACUUUAAGAUCACUCUCCCAGAGUUGCAACAUUUGAUGGAAUUUCGAAAGAAAGAUGCAGUGAAGAAAAUAAAGGAACUUUAUGGUGACAUCUUUAAAAUCUGUGCAAUGCUGAAUACUUCCCCCACACUUGGGAUACUGGGUUCCAAAUCAGAAAUAGAUGCAAGGAAAGCUGUAUUUGGAAAGAAUUUUAUACCUCCUAAAAAGUCCCUAACUUUCCUGGAAUUAAUGUGGGAAGCACUGCAGGAUACGACAUUAUGCAUCUUAGAAAUUGCAGCCAUUAUAUCACUGGGACUUUCUUUUUAUGAUCCAGGAGGAAGUGUUGCAGAAUGUCAUGCACUUGAAUUUGGAGAUGAAGAAGAAGAAGCGGAGGCUGACUGGAUUGAAGGAUUUGCAAUACUUGUAUCAGUACUUUGUGUAGUGUUGGUAACAGCUUUCAAUGACUGGAGUAAGGAAAAACAAUUCAGGGGGUUGCAGGAGCGCAUUGAAAAGGAACAGAAAUUUACUGUCAUCAGGAAAGGGGAGUCAGUACAGGUGCCAGUAGCUGAGUUAGUGGUUGGGGAUGUUGCACAGAUCAAAUACGGUGACCUUUUGCCAGCUGAUGGUUUGCUCCUUCAAGGACAUGAUCUAAAAAUUGAUGAGAGCAGCCUCACAGGGGAAUCAGAUCAUGUCAAGAAGUCUUUGACAGAGGACCCCAUGUUGCUUUCAGGUACCCAUGUGAUGGAAGGCUCUGGAAAAAUGGUUAUUACAGCUGUAGGUUUAAACUCGCAAACAGGAAUUAUCCUCAGUUUACUUGGAGUUGGAGAAGAUAAUGAGAAAGCAAAUCAUAAAAAGCCAGCCAACCCUCAUAAAACUGCUGGAAACGAAACAAAGGAAAAAGAACAAACUUCAAAACACAAAAAAGAAAAAUCAAUUCUACAAGCAAAACUCACAAGAUUGGCUGUUCAGAUUGGAAAAGCAGGGCUGGCGAUGUCUAUAAUCACUGUUACUGUUCUUAUAGCCUAUUUUUUAGUUCAAACUUUUGUGAUUGAGAAGCAUACUUGGACUGCUGAAUGUACACCCAUUUAUAUACAAUAUAUUGUGACGUUCUUUAUUAUUGGAGUUACAAUCUUGGUCGUAGCAGUACCAGAGGGCCUUCCACUUGCAGUCACCAUCUCACUUGCCUACUCUGUGAAACAAAUGAUGAAAGAUAAUAACCUAGUGAGACAUUUGGAUGCCUGUGAAACUAUGGGUAAUGCAACAGCAAUUUGUUCAGAUAAAACAGGAACCUUAACCAUGAACAGAAUGACAGUAGUCGAAAUUUUAAUUGCUGGCACACAUUAUAAACAUGUUCCUGAACCUAAAUUAAUUCAUCCAACCAUGCUGAAUUAUUUGCUUAAAAGUAUUUCUUUAAACUGUGCAUAUACUUCGAAAAUACUGCCUCCUGACAAAAAAGGAGGCCUUGCUCUUCAAAUUGGCAAUAAGACUGAAUGUGCUUUACUGGGCUUGCUUGUGGAAUUAAAGCAGGAUUAUGAGGCUAUGAGGACUAAGAUACCAGAAGAGAAAUUGUUUAAGGUAUACACCUUCAAUUCUGAAAGGAAAUCAAUGAGCACAGUUUUGGAAAACCCCAAUGGGAGUUAUCAACUCUUUAGCAAAGGUGCUUCUGAAAUACUUCUUCAAAAAUGCACCCAUAUACUGGAUGCUGCUGGGGAACCUAUAUCCUUUACUAAAAAAGAGAAGGAAAAUGUGAUAAAAAAUGUGAUUGCACAAAUGGCCUCUGGGGGACUUCGCACCUUAUGUCUAGCAUUCAAAGAUUUCCCAGCUGGCUCAGGACCAAACUGGGACAAAGAAGAUGAUAUUUUCAGUGACAUGACUUGUAUUGCAGUUGUAGGUAUUGAAGAUCCAGUAAGACCUGAGGUUCCUGACGCAAUAAGAAGAUGUCAGAGAGCUGGUAUUGUUGUACGUAUGGUUACUGGGGAUAACAUUAACACAGCUCGUGCAAUAGCUGCAAAAUGUGGAAUUCUGCAACCCGGGGAGAACUUUGAGUGCUUAGAGGGGCAUGAGUUUAAUAGACUAAUACGUGGUCCAGAUGGACAGAUUAAACAAGAGCUUAUUGACAAGAUUUGGCCUACGCUUCGUGUGCUUGCAAGGUCCUCACCUGCUGACAAGUACAACUUGGUAGAAGGGAUCAUUAACAGCAAUAUCACAGAACAAAGGCAAGUGGUAGCAGUAACUGGUGAUGGUACAAAUGAUGGGCCUGCAUUAAAAAAAGCUGAUGUUGGCUUUGCAAUGGGUAUUGCUGGAACAGAUGUAGCUAAAGAAGCUUCUGAUAUAAUUCUUACUGAUGACAACUUCUCAAGCAUUGUCAAAGCUGUCAUGUGGGGUAGGAAUGUAUAUGACAGCAUUUCCAAAUUCCUUCAGUUUCAGCUUACUGUUAAUGUAGUAGCAGUGGUAGUUGCUUUUAUUGGAGCAGCAGUCACCCAGAAUUCACCUCUGAAAGCGGUUCAGAUGCUGUGGGUCAAUCUCAUUAUGGACACACUUGCUUCUCUUGCUCUAGCAACAGAAAAGCCAACAGAGACUCUGCUGGAACGAAAGCCUUAUGGCAGAAAUAAACCUCUUAUUUCCCGUACAAUGCUAAAAAAUAUUAUGUUUCAUGCUAUUUAUCAACUUGUAGUUGUCUUUGCACUUCUUUUUGUGGGUGAAAAAUUAUUUGAUAUUGAAAAUGGACGAACUGCACCACUACAUGCCCCACCUACCCGGCAUUACACUAUUGUUUUUAACACAUUUGUGAUGAUGCAGAUUUUUAAUGAAGUCAAUGCGCGCAAGAUUCAUGGGGAAAGGAAUGUUUUUUCAGGAAUAUUCACAAAUUCCAUUUUUUGUUGUGUUUUUGUGGGAACAUUGAUUACACAACUAAUCAUUGUUCAGCUCGGAGGGAAGCCCUUUAGUUGUGCAAGUCUUACACUAGAGCAGUGGCUAUGGUCAAUCUUCUUUGGCCUAGGAACAUUGCUAUGGGGGCAGCUGAUUGUAUAUAUUCCAAAUAGGUUCCUGGGGUUCCUGUGGGAAGUUGGUGAUCAACCACCACAACCUGUUGAAGAUGAACAAAUGGAUGGUGACACAGUGAUUGACUUAGGUGAACAAGAACUGAAACGCAGUAAGUUUCUGUGGUUCAGGAACUGGACUAGAAUACGAGUUCAGUGCGGAGCAGUGAAAUCAUUUCACGAGCCCUCAUAUAAUAAAGUUGUGCAUUCAACAAAUAGUAAAACUGCAUAACACAACACAAGUAAUGAAUAUGAAAACUUCACAUGUUAUUGUAUUUCCAUUUCAAAAAAAGUAAUGUGCACAUUAGCAAUAUUAGGAAAUGGAUGGAUUUUUUUCUCCGUACUGGUGAGUGAGAUGCUUUUUAAAAGAUCUCUGACAAAAUAGAUAGACCUUUCUAGAAGAUAUAGGAAACAACAUAAGGAAUCAAAAUAAAAUCCUCUUCAAAAUGUCUUCAUAUAUGGGUCUGAAUAUUAUAUUAGCUGACUUUUAAUGUACCUUGAGCCUUUAAAUAUCUUUUUUCCCAAGGCCAUCUUCAGAAAGAGGGAAAGUGAUUGAUGAAGCCAAAAGCCAUGUCGUGAUUUUUUUAUAUUUCUUGACUUAAAUGUGGUAUUAUAUUAUAAAUUAUAGAAGUUGAAUAGCUUUUUACUUUUGCUCCUGUUUAUACUUAUAACUGAUAUCAAUUAGCUGAGCUGCCUUAUGCCCUCAAUCACCUGUUUGGAAAUGUGUUACUUUCUCAAGUAUUUUGAACUCUUUCUUUAGCUGCUCUGCUUUGAAUGGAGGGGGACAGAUCUGACUACAAACAAGCCAAGCUUAUUUGC